CGGACAUGAACAUCGCCCCAGACAACAGCUUGGAGAAGCGCUGGGGAGCUUUUGACUGCCAUUUUCGGUCAUAAAGCUGCUAGCAUUAUGCCUGGCACAUCAGAAAAUACCAAGAGAAAAGCCUCGGAGGAGGCCCUUUCCCCGGAUUCGCAACAGCGGAGUAAGAGGGCGCGUACUGCCUCAGCUGAUGGAGAUGAAGUGGUUCGCAACCUGGCUCUUGAGUAUGUUUUGGAGUUUGUUGGAAUUCGCUCUCACAGUUGAUAUCUCUAGGUGGAAGAUGGCUCUUCUCCGAAACCCCUCAAGGCCGUCCCGUUUCCCGAGAAGCCCGCUGUUUUAGAAGAACGCAGAGGUGAAAUCGAGUUUCGCGUUGUAAACAAUGAUGGUUCGCGCGACAGCUUUAUCGUUCUGACGGGCUUGAAAUGCAUCUUCCAGAAGCAGCUUCCGAAGAUGCCCAAGGACUACAUUGCGCGACUUGUAUAUGACAGAUCGCAUCUUUCCAUGGCUAUUGUCAAGCAUCCAUUGGAGGUAGUGGGGGGAAUUACAUAUCGUCCUUUUAACCAUCGCAAAUUCGCUGAGAUCGUUUUUUGUGCCAUAUCUUCGGACCAGCAAGUCAAGGGCUAUGGAGCGCAUCUCAUGUCCCACCUCAAGGAUUACGUGAAGGCAACAUCCGACAUAAUGCACUUCCUAACCUACGCGGAUAACUAUGCAAUUGGGUAUUUCAAAAAGCAAGGGUUCACGAAAGAAAUCACGCUCGACAAAUCCAUCUGGAUGGGAUAUAUCAAGGACUACGAAGGAGGAACCAUAAUGCAAUGCACAAUGGUCCCUAAGAUACGAUAUCUUGAAGUUGGUCGCAUGCUUUUGAAGCAAAAGGAGGCCGUCUUUGCCAAGAUACGUGCUUUCAGCAAGUCCCAUAUUAUCCACCCCCCACCGAAGGAAUGGAAAAACGGGCCAUGCAAGAUCGAUCCCUUGAGUAUCCCUGCCAUCAAGGAGUCUGGAUGGUCGCCUGACAUGGACGAGUUGGCACGACAACCGCGCCAUGGACCAAACUACAAUCAGCUGUUGCACCUUCUGAAUGAUAUGCAGAACCACAGCGCCGCAUGGCCCUUCACUCAGCCUGUUAAUCGCGACGAGGUUCCCGACUACUAUGAAGUCAUCAAGGAGCCGAUGGAUCUGUCUACAAUGGAAGAGAAGCACGAGAAGGACAUGUAUCCAACGCCACAAGACUUCAUCAAAGAUGCCAUGUUAAUAUUCGACAACUGUCGAAGGUACAAUAAUGAAAACACGCCAUACGCCAAAAGCGCAAACAAACUCGAGAGAUUUAUGUGGCAGCAGAUCAGGAGCAUUCCCGAGUGGUCGCAUCUGGCGGAAGGGCAUUGAUUCGAGGUUAGCAUCUGGGGGAGUCCAGAGUGGAAGGCGUUUCUUUGUGGUCUAUUUCAAAUGGCAAAUACCCGUGGAUGCAUGGCGAAUGGGGCAUUGGUUUCUUGGGCUCUACUGUUUGAUAGCGUCUAUUGUAAUUGAAUUGAAUGAAUUGGGCAUAAUACUGUGACUUCCCUGAAUUGGCAUGAGAUGAAGCCAUCGCGAGAACCCAACCACCGCAAUUUCGGAAUAAAAUUCACGCGGACCGUGUGAGGAUUCAGGGUGGCUUCAUGUGCACGCAGUCA